CUGCCCCCCUCUCCCUCCCUCUCUCUUGCUUUCUCUCUCUCUCUCUUCCCGUCUCUGUGGUUUGUAAGGUAGGUUGCAGUGUGUGUAUAUACACAACAUCAAGAGCAGGAAAAUGGACUCAUUAGGGAGGCAGGCAGUCAUUACCACUCACACUGUACUUCCAGGGAGACACCGAUUAUGAGAAGAGAAACUCAGCGCUGGGGAAGAAGAUAAAUGAAAGGAGUAUUUGAAUUGCCUUUUGAGACUCCAAAUACUGAAGAGUGCCUAAUAAUUUGCAAGUCUUUUUUGUGCCCGUAGCUGGACAGGACCACUUCUGCCACCAUCAUAGCUACUCCUAGAUACCAAGAAAGACUGUCAAGUUUGCUGGGAGCAGGGAUCCUGCUGAAGGCACUAUAUCAAAGAUUGUCUCAAAGACUGCCUGAAGUUACAUUUAGAGACUGAAAUCACUGCACCUUAAAAACGAGAGACUGAGCUGCACUGAGUUCCUACUGCUUUAACAUCAUUAACUGGAUAUUGCUCACAACAUUGCUAGCUGCAGAAGCUGCAGCUUUUCCUCCGCGUUCUGAGAGAAGAACUGGCUGGAAUAAACCUUGCUUUCCAUAUAGUCGGCUUGAGAUGCAGCGUUGAAAAGUUCCUUGACCACCGAUCUGUUGCCUGUUCCCUCUCUUUUUAUGCGGCCACUCUCUGUCCCCUGCCCCAAUGAACAUCUGCACUAGGCCCAAGCCUUGGAGUGAUUUACCUGAAGAGUAACACCGUUUAUCUGGAAACUACUAUGAGGAAACUGAAGCCCAGAGAGGUGAAGUGAGGUGUCCAAAGCCACACAGCAAGUUAGACGCACAGCUAGUACCAUAGCUCAAGUCUCCUGACUCACAGUCCAGUGCUUCUCCCAUUACUCCGCCGGGCCUGUCUCUAAGCUUCCUCCUGACAAAUGUUAGAACGGAAGAAACCCAAGACAGCUGAAAACCAGAAGGCAUCUGAGGAGAAUGAGAUUUCUCAGCCGGGCGGAUCCAGCGCCAAGCCGGGCCUUCCCUGCCUGAACUUUGAAGCUGUUUUGUCUCCAGACCCAGCCCUCAUCCACUCUGCACAUUCACUGACAAACUCUCACGCUCACACCGGGUCAUCUGAUUGUGACAUCAGUUGCAAGGGGAUGACCGAGCGCAUUCACAGCAUCAACCUUCACAACUUCAGCAAUUCCGUGCUCGAGACCCUGAACGAGCAACGCAACCGUGGCCACUUCUGUGACGUGACGGUGCGCAUCCACGGGAGCAUGCUGCGCGCGCACCGCUGCGUGCUGGCCGCCGGCAGCCCCUUCUUCCAGGACAAGCUGCUGCUGGGCUACAGUGACAUCGAGAUCCCGUCCGUGGUGUCGGUGCAGUCGGUGCAGAAGCUCAUCGACUUCAUGUACAGCGGCGUGCUGCGGGUCUCGCAGUCCGAGGCGCUGCAGAUCCUCACGGCCGCCAGCAUCCUGCAGAUCAAGACGGUCAUCGACGAGUGCACGCGCAUCGUGUCGCAGAACGUGGGCGACGCGUUCCCGGGCAUCCAGGACUCGGGCCAGGACACCCCGCGGGGCACGCCGGAGUCGGGCACGUCGGGCCAGAGCAGCGACACGGAGUCGGGCUACCUGCAGAGCCACCACCCGCAGCACAGCGUGGACCGCAUCUACUCGGCGCUGUACGCGUGCUCCAUGCAGAACGGCAGCGGGGAGCGCUCCUUCUACAGCGGCGCCGUGGUCAGCCACCACGAGACGGCGCUCGGCCUGCCCCGCGACCACCACAUGGAAGACCCCAGCUGGAUCACCCGCAUCCACGAGCGCUCGCAGCAGAUGGAACGCUACCUGUCCACCACGCCCGAGAGCACGCACUGCCGCAAGCAGCCGCGGCCCGUGCGCAUCCAGACCCUGGUGGGCAACAUCCACAUCAAGCAGGAGAUGGAGGACGACUACGACUGCUACGGGCAGCAGAUCCUGGAACGCCACGAGUCCGAGGAGUGCCCCGAAGACACCGACCAAGCCGAGGGCACCGAGAGCGAGCCCAAAGGCGAGAGCUUCGACUCCGGGGUCAGCUCGUCCAUCGGCACCGAGCCCGACUCGGUGGAGCAGCAGUUCGGCGCAGGAGCCGCCAGGGAUGGCCAGGCGGAGCCCAUCCAACCCGAGCAGGCCGGGGAGACCCCGGCGGAAGGUGGUGCCCAACCCAACCAGCUAGAACCAGGUGCCUCCUCGCCCGAGAAAAGCAGCAACGAGGUGGACAUGGACAGCUCGGUGGUCACGGUCAGCAACAGCUCCGAGAAAAGCGUCCUGCAACAGCCUUCGGUCAACACGUCCAUCGGACAGCCAUUGCCAAGUACCCAGCUCUACUUACGCCAGACGGAAACCCUCACCAGCAACCUGAGGAUGCCUCUGACCUUGACCAGCAACACACAGGUCAUUGGCACAGCUGGCAACACCUACCUGCCAGCCCUCUUCACUACCCAGCCCGCAGGCAGCGGCCCCAAGCCCUUCCUCUUCAGCUUGCCACAACCCCUGGCAGGCCAGCAGACCCAGUUUGUGACAGUGUCCCAGCCGGGCCUGUCCACCUUCACUGCCCAGCUGCCAGCGCCCCAGCCCCUGGCCCCCUCCGCAGGCCACAGCACAGCCAGCGGGCAAGGCGAAAAGAAGCCUUAUGAAUGCACCCUCUGUAACAAGACGUUCACGGCCAAGCAGAACUACGUCAAGCACAUGUUUGUCCACACAGGCGAGAAGCCGCACCAGUGCAGCAUCUGUUGGCGCUCCUUCUCCUUGAAGGACUACCUUAUCAAGCACAUGGUGACGCACACGGGAGUGAGGGCCUACCAGUGCAGCAUCUGCAACAAGCGCUUCACCCAGAAGAGCUCCCUCAACGUGCACAUGCGCCUCCACCGCGGGGAGAAGUCCUACGAGUGCUACAUCUGCAAAAAGAAGUUCUCCCACAAGACCCUCCUGGAGCGACACGUGGCCCUGCACAGUGCCAGCAACGGGACCCCUCCCGCAGGCACGCCCCCGGGCGCCCGCGCUGGCCCCCCAGGCGUGGUGGCCUGCACGGAGGGCACCACUUACGUCUGCUCGGUCUGCCCGGCAAAGUUUGACCAAAUGGAGCAGUUCAACGACCACAUGAGGAUGCAUGUGUCUGACGGAUAAGUAGGUUCUCUUUCUUACGAACACAACCCCAGCGAAAGAAGUUAAACAGACAGACAAAAAGCUACGGCACUAGAAUUUAAGAGAUGUUUUGGUUUCAUUUUUUUACUUUCUGUUUUUGUUUCUGUUUUUGUUUCAUUUUGUACUACAUAAAGAACUGUUUUUUGCCUGCUGGUACAUUACAUUUCCGGGGGCUUGGGUGAAUAAUAGUUUUCCCAGCCUCCCUCGGAUGGUGGCCUUAAGGCCCGGUAGUGCUUCAGGAGGUCCACUGGUUGGAUCUCUAGCUACUGGCCUCUAAAUACAACCCUUCUUUAAAAAAAAAAAAAAAAAAUCUUUUAAAAAAGUAAAAAAAAAAAAAAAAAAAAAAAGAAAAAUAAUUUUUUUUUUUCCACUUGUGAAGAGCACUACAAAAUAUAUAACAAAAUCUAAAAGGCCUACUGUCUUUAAGUACACCGCUUGCAGUGUUUUCAGUGGACAUUUUCACAAUUCUGGCCACUUGGACUUCACAGUACCAGUUAAAACUGUGGAAUAUCACUUCUGGUUGAAAACCCAGAAGAAAGGCCCUGCUUUUCCACCUGAUUCAUUAAAGGGCUGUGGGUGGGAGGGGCAGUGAGUUCAGGGGUGCGGGAAGAAAGUGACAUGGCAGGCUUCUCCCCCAUUCUGCCCAGUGCGCACACCCUGGCCCGCCCCUUCCGCGUUCCCCCUUUCAGCAGAAGCCAGGGCGACGUGGACAAGCAACAAGCAAGAGUGGCUAUCGUAUUUAUUCAGUGUCUUCGCUGAGCCACGGCCUCAGCACAGUCAAGAAGGACUUUCAUGAAAGGCAGGAAUGCAGAUAAAACAAAGAUAUCAGAAAUUUGCACCUAUGUUUCUAGGUACAAGAGAAGGGUUAUUUCCAACAAUCUUUGCAAAAAAAAAAAAAAAAAGUGUCAGGAUAUAUUCUUGUGGAAGAGAAAAAGAAAGAAAUGGAGGGUGGGGACAAUAAGAAGUUCUUGAGGCUUUUUUAAUUCAGAAUUUUAUAGAGGGGCAAAAGUGACGUUUACCAGAUAGAAUGCUGAUUUUUUAAAUAUAUUUACGACAGUAUUUGUGUAAAAAAAAAAACAAAAAAAGUGAGAUUGUCAAAAGUAAUUUUUUUCUCAUUUUGGUUUUGCAUACACUGCCACCAAUCCUUUCUCUUUUAUUUUAUUACACACACACACAUACACACACAGACACACACAGACACACACACACACACACACACA